AUGUCUGUAAGUUACAAGGACAAGUUGAUAUCAACUACUCUAGGCAAGGAUGGGAAAUGUGAGUUCCCUAUGAGUUUUGAUUACUCGUCUUCGCAAAUAACUCUAAUGCCAGAAAUGUUUUCGUACAAUAAUGAACGGAAAUAUCAAACUCUGAUACCCUUGAUGAAAACGUCACAUUUAAUUGAUGAUGGUUUGAAAGAUAAACUGAAUAAGUGCGCUUUGGAUUUCUUUUCCGGCAAAAAAGCCAACAGAACAAGUGAUAUGACUAUUUCCAAACUCACAGCGAGCAGAGAAGCUUCACCGAGACUGCCGUUAGAUAACGUCAACGUCGUAAAAACGGAGAAUAUUGAAGAUAUCAAGUCUGAAAGGUGUGGUUCAGCCAGGGUGGGCAAAGCAACAAAAGCAGUGAUGAAACUGAAACCUACAAAAGCUAAUACGACGGGACAGAGAACUCGCCAUUUCUGUAAGAUCUGCUCCACUGGGUUUACCACUUCCGGCCAUCUUUCAAGACAUAACAGAAUUCAUACAGGUGAAAAAAAUCACAUUUGCCCGCAUGAAGGUUGUGGACAAAGGUUUAGCAGACAUGACAACUGUAACCAACAUUAUCGUACGCAUGCGAAUAAAAAGAAAAGGAACUGGAAAAGAAGAGAAACCAGCAGUUGA